CCUCUCUCCGAGGCGCCGGCUAGAGCCCGGGUGUUCCCGCUUUCCCGGUCCGCUGCCCCGCUUCGGCCCCGCAGACAUGUCGGGGUUCAGCCCGGAACUUAUCGACUACCUGGAAGGGAAAAUCUCCUUUGAGGAGUUCGAGAGGCGGAGAGAAGAGAGAAAAACCCGGGAGAAGAAAGAAAAAGGAAAAUCAUCACCUAAAGAAAACCCAGAUUCGGAAGUCCCAUCCUCUUCAGGAAUUGACUCUGCCAAGUCCCAGAACAAAGAUGCCAAUGAAGGAGAAACAUCAGAUGGAGUGAGUAAGUCAGUUCACAAAGUCUUUGCUUCCAUGCUCGGAGAGACUGAAGAUGAUGAAGAGGAGGAGGAAGAAGAGGAGGAAGAGGAGGAAACAUCUGAGCAACCCACCGCAGGCGAUGUAUUCGUGUUGGAGAUGGUUCUCAACCGUGAAACCAAAAAGAUGAUGAAAGAGAAGAGGCCUCGGAGUAAACUUCCCAGAGCCCUGAGAGGUCUCAUGGGUGAAGCCAAUAUUCGCUUUGCUCGAGGAGAACAUGAAGAGGCGAUAUUGAUGUGCAUGGAAAUCAUAAGACAAGCUCCUUUGGCUUAUGAGCCAUUCUCUACGCUUGCCAUGAUAUACGAGGACCAAGGUGACAUGGAGAAAUCAUUGCAGUUUGAGUUGAUUGCUGCACAUUUAAAUCCCAGUGACACAGAAGAAUGGGUUAGGCUGGCAGAAAUGUCUCUGGAACAAGAUAAUAUUAAGCAGGCUAUUUUUUGCUAUACAAAAGCUCUUAAAUAUGAACCUACUAAUGUUCGUUACCUGUGGGAGAGAUCAAGCCUUUAUGAACAGAUGGGUGAUCAUAAAAUGGCCAUGGAUGGUUAUAGGCGUAUUUUAAAUCUUUUGUCUCCAUCUGAUGGAGAACGUUUUAUGCAGUUGGCUAGAGAUAUGGCAAAGAGUUACUACGAAGCCAAUGACAGUACUUCAGCUAUAAACAUAAUCGAGGAAGCCUUCUCCAAACACCAAGGCUUAGUCUCCAUGGAGGAUGUUAACAUCGCAGCUGAAUUAUAUAUCUCCAACAAGCAGUAUGACAAAGCUUUGGAGGUAAUUACAGAUUUUUCUGGAAUUGUCCUAGAGAAGGAAACUGUGGAAGAAGGCACCUCAGAAGAGAAUAAAGCUGCGGAGACUGUCACCUGCUCUAUACCUGACAGUGUGCCCAUAGACAUCACGGUGAAGCUGAUGGUGUGCCUGGUGCAUCUCAACAUCCUCGAGCCACUCAAUCCUCUCUUGACAACGCUGGUGGAACAGAAUCCUGAAGAUAUGGGCGACCUCUACCUUGAUGUUGCUGAAGCUUUCCUGGAUGUUGGUGAAUAUAAUUCUGCGCUUCCCCUGCUCAGCGCGCUGGUUUGCUCUGAGAGGUACAACCUGGCAGUGGUUUGGCUCCGGCAUGCAGAAUGUUUAAAGGCCUUGGGCUACAUGGAACGCGCCGCUGAAAGCUACAGUAAGGUGGUUGACCUGGCCCCACUCCAUCUCGAUGCAAGGAUCUCACUUUCUAUUCUGCAGCAGCAGCUAGGCCGUCCUGAGAAAGCUCUGGAAGCUCUGGAGCCCAUGUAUGACCCAGAUACUUUAGCCCAGGAUGCCAAUGCCGCACAGCAGGAACUGAAGCUGCUGCUUCACCGCUCCACUCUGCUGUUCUCACAAGGCAAGAUGUACGGCUACCUGGACACCUUGCUGACCAUGCUCGCCAUGCUUUUAAAGGUUGCGAUGAAUAGAGCCCAAGUUUGUUUGAUAUCCAGUUCCAAAUCUGGAGAAAGGCAUCUCUACCUUAUUAAAGUCUCAAGAGAUAAAAUAUCAGACAACAAUGAGCAAGAAACAUCCAAUUAUGAUGCAAAAGCCAUAUUUGCUGUACUCACAAGUGUCUUGCCAAAAGAUGACUGGUGGAACCUUCUCUUGAAGGCCAUAUACACCUUGAGUGACUUAUCCCGAUUCCAGGAAGCUGAGUUGCUUGUAGAUUCUUCACUGGAAUAUUAUUCAUUCUAUGACGACAGACAAAAACGCAAAGAACUAGAAUACUUCGGUUUAUCUGCCGCAAUUCUGGACAAAAAUUUCAGAAAGGCAUAUGACUAUAUCCGGGUAAUGGUAAUGGAAAAUGUCAAUAAGCCCCAGCUGUGGAAUAUUUUCAAUCAAGUUACCAUGCACUCCCAAGAUGUAAGACAUCAUCGCUUCUGCCUCCGUCUGAUGCUGAAAAACCCGGAUAAUCAUGCGCUGUGCGUUCUGAAUGGACACAACGCAUUUGUAUCUGGGAGCUUCAAACAUGCUCUGGGACAGUAUGUGCAAGCCUUCCGUACCUACCCCAGUGAGCCCCUCUACAAUCUCUGCAUCGGCCUGACCUUCAUCCACAUGGCAUCGCAGAAGUACGUGUUGAAGAGACACGCUCUGACUGUGCAGGGCUUUUCCUUCCUUAAUCGGUACCUCAGCAUACGUGGACCUUGCCAGGAAUCUUUCUACAAUCUGGGCCGCGGCCUCCAUCAACUGGGACUGGCUCACCUUGCAAUCCACUAUUACCAGAAGGCUCUGGCGCUCCCUCCGCUCGUGGUUGAGGGCAUAGAGGUUGACCAGUUGGACCUCCGAAGAGAUAUUGCCUACAACAUGUCUCUCAUCUAUCAGGGCAGCGGGAACACUGCAAUGGCUCAAAAGCUUCUGUAUACCUAUUGUGUCAUAUAACCGAGUAAGCUGCUGCGCGGACCAGUGUCUUCUAUGAGACUAUUAUUCUUGAUGGUAAAAAUGGUGCUGACAUCACCGUUAGCUACCAUUAUAACCACAGCUUUGAGGCGGGAGGUAUAGCUCAGCUGUAGAGCGCCUGUUUGCUUUGUAUGCACAAGGCCCUACAUUCAAGCCAAAAGCCUUUGGAAACCUGAAACACUGCUUUUAUCUCUGGAAUAUAUACAGAGUUACCAUUCCUGUGAAGAUGUACAUAUUAUUCUGUUAUUUCCCCUUAGCAUUCUAUAAUAAAAUUAUUCCCAUGUGGAAAUGGACACUCUAGCCUCUGAGUCAGUUGGAAUUGAACAUUAUUUUUCUGUUUAAUAUCUACUAACCUGUGUACCGGGUGUUCUGACAAGUGCUGAGAAUAUUGAAAACAGACAGAUGUGGUUUGUCCUCAAGGCAGUACAGAGUGCACUACUGAGAUAGUCACCACUGAGUACAAGUAUUUAUGUGUUUAUUUUCUUGUGCUAUAUAUUGAACCCAGGGCCUGGUGCCAUGCUAAGCAAGCACUUUAGCACUGAGCUACAGCCUCAGUCUGCAGUUCUCAAAGUGUGACGUGUAUUUCUUUGAAGGGAUAUUUGCUGCAUUUCUAUACAGUAUCAUCACCGUUCAGGUACACAGCAAAGGAGGUUGCUUAUUAAAGGGAAAACGAAUUUGGACUCUUACAGUAAUAGAUUUACAGGCAACACCUAACAAAAUUAUUUAAGAUGCUUCUCUGGUAGGAAGACAAAUCAUUGAUUUACUUCACUUUCGUCCGAGAGUAUGUUAGUUUCAGAGUAUAAGCCUUGGGCUUAAUCCGAAGCACAGCACUCCAAGGCAAAACAAUACAUUGGCUUCCCAGUGGAGAAAAGGAAUGAUCAUGCUCCCGUGUACCGUGUUGUGCUCUCCAGUUCAGGGUCCCUACCAGAGUACUAAAGACUGGGGAAGUUGGGUAUAUGGAAUAAAAGAUUGAUAAAGUUGAAAGAGACUUACUGCAUUACAUGUUCUUGAAUCUCAGAUGAAAACAUUUGCUAGAUAGACUUUCUGUAAUAACAGGAUUUUAGUGGCAGAUGCUAAUGUGUGGUUGAUUCUAAGACACUUGUGAAAGGAAACAUGUUGAGACUGAAGGUGAAAAUACAGUGGAGACUUGGAGGAGGUCUUAGCAUUCUCUGUGCGCACAUACAGCUUUCCAGUGGGGAAGCAGAAUCUGUGUGUAAUCAGGAAUGCAUCUUGUAUUCUGUAUGUAUCUACAUAUAAAUAAAUCCUUUUUUAAUUUUUAA